AAGCUAAUUAUGAUCUAUCAUUCCAUCAACCUAUUGUUGCUUACUAUAAUAACUAGGAAAUGCAUAGCAUUGAGGUUGAAUGGAUAAGAAUGCAAUUAUCUGUUUCGAAAGUUUUUCUUUUCCACUUUCAUAAGCAUCAGAUGACUGAUUUGUUGUCUUGGAGCAUACCACCACUUUCUGUUGUUGGUCUUAGCGAAGAACAAACAAUACAGCAAGCAAAUGGUGAUAUUCUGGUUUUCACAUCAUCCUUGAAUCCACUGAAGAACACAGUAUCUGGGUGUGCAUUGGUGAUUUGAGAUUUUAUUUUGCUGAUGUUGUGUCUGGAUCUUGAAAUGUGAAGGGAAAAGAAUAGAGAAAUAAACUACUAGAAAUGCCUAAUUUUUCUUUCUCUUGUAUCUUGUCAGAAUUUUUAUGCCACUAAGAUUUUGUGUACAUAAGAAUAUAUUAAUGAAGAUUGU